AUGACAGACCCCGAGAAAACAUCCCGAGAAUCGAGUUCCUCGGAAAAUCUCGAAGUGACGCCAAAGUCACCACCUCUUGAUGCCAACACAGGAAGAGAUCUAGAAAGUCAGGAUCAAAGAGUAGUAGUACCGCCAUUACAGUGGAAUGAUCCGGACGAUCCAGAUAAUCCUCUCAAUUGGCCUGUGUGGAAGAAGAAUAUGCAUAUUUUUACUCCAGCUUUGAUUUCUUUCUCCGCAACCCUCGGCUCCUCACUCAUAUCCCCCGCCAUCCCCUUCAUCUCCCUCACCUUCCACACCAGCUCGACCGUCUCCAUUCUCCCCCUCUCCACCUACGUCCUAGCUCUCGCUCUGGGCCCCCUCCUCGCAGCCCCCCUCUCCGAAUCUCUCGGUCGCAAACCCGUCUAUCUACUCUCCUCCGCGUUGGCAAUUGGAGCAGGCAGUAUUGCGGACUGCUAUACUGCGGAAAAGAGAGCGCGUCCUAGUGCGUGGUAUGUUAUGAGUCCGUUUUUGGGACCGGCUUUGGGACCCGUCAUAGGUUCCUUUGUAACCGUCCGUAAAUCCUGGCGAUGGACUCAAUGGACAUUAAUCUUCUUCUCCAUCUUUUCUUUCCUCCCUCUCCUCCUUACCUCCGAAACCCUGCACUCACGCAUCCUCACGCGCCGUGCCAAAUCUCUCAACCAACCUCUCCCAGCCUCUCCAUUUCCCUCUAACGCAGCGAAGAUGAAGUUUCUCCUAACAGUUACCCUUUUCCGUCCCAUUCACAUGCUCUGUACCGAGCCCAUCGUCGCCUUCCUGAGUCUCUACGUCGCGUUUAACUUCUCCAUCCUUUUCAGUUUCAUCGCCGCUUUUCCGUAUGUGUUCAGAACGGUAUAUGGAUUUGAUACCGAACAUAGUGGAUUGGUUUUCUUAGCGAUCGGUGUUGGAUGUUUUCUGGCUGUGAUUACAGUUCUUCUCUGUGAUUCGUACUUAUAUCAGCCUUUCGUCAAAAAAUCCCACGAAGAAGGGAGAUCGGGUAUCGUAGCCCCGGAAUACCGUUUAUAUCCUGCGAUGCUGGGAAGUUUUGGGCUACCGGUUGGGUUAUUUUGGUUUGCAUGGAGUGCGAAGGACAAUGUUCAUUGGAUUGUCCCUGUACUUGGAGCCGUGCCUUUUUCGUGGGGAAACUUGUCAGUUUUUAUUGGUGAGUUUUGA